AUGGAGGGCCUCAACCAUGGAGACACCGCCUGGAUGGCCAUGUCCUGUGCGCUGGUGCUCUUCAUGACUCCAGGUUUAGCCUUCUUCUACGGCGGGCUCGUGCGCGACAGCAACAUCAUCAACACGAUGAUGAUGUCCAUCAUCUCUAUGGGACUGACGACACUCACCUGGAUGGUGCUGGGCUUCACCUGGGCCUUCGACAGUGCAAUUUGGCCUUACAACGUCGCCCACGGCUGGACGUACGUUGGCUUCCGCAACCUCCAAGACAAGGUCUGGCCGGGCACCACAAUGCCUGGGCUGACCUUCGCAGUCUUCCAGAUGACGUUCGCCAUCAUCGGGGCGGCGAUCAUCUCGGGCGCAGUCGUCGAGCGCAUCAGAUUCUCCGCGUACGCCAUCUUCAUCGUUGUAUGGGUCCUUGCUGUGUACGUGCCGCUGUGCAGCUGGAUCUGGGGCGGCGGCUGGAUUGCCGAGAUGGGGGCCAAGGACUUUGCUGGCGGUACCGUUGUUCACAUCAGCUCCGGCACCUCCGCCAUGGCUCUGGCCUGCUUGCUGGGCGAGCGAAAGCACAGGGUAGAGAGCUUCCCGUCCAACCUCCCCUUCGUCAUCCUCGGGGGAGGCAUCCUCUGGCUUGGCUGGACUGGAUUCAACGGCGGCUCGGCCUUUGCCGCCAACGGCGACUGCGCCCUCGCCAUUGCCACCACCUACAUCGCGGCGGCUGCCGCGAUGGUCAUGUGGAUCACCAUCGAGCGCAUCCUAGAGGGAGCUCCCACUUCAGUCGGCGCAAUGUCGGGAGCCGUGGCAGGGCUUGUGAACAUCACCCCCUGCGCUGGCUAUGUCGAGCCGCUGGGUGCCCUGGGUGUUGGCGCCUUGGGAGCUGCAUGCUGCUACUUUGCAUCCAAGGUCUUGAAGAAGCUCGACCUCGUGGACGACUCCCUCGACUGCUUUGCCCUCCACGGCGUGGGCGGCUUCUGCGGAGCCAUCCUCGGUGGGUUCUUCGACGUCCAGGACGGCCUCAUCUACAGCGGCGAGAACUUGCUGCUGCUGAGGAAUCUGGGGGGAGCCGCCUUCGGCGUAGUCUACUCUGCCGCCGUCACCGCGAUCAUCUUCUUUGUGAUGAGGAUCGCCAUGCGUAUGCGGGUCAGCGAGGAGCAAGAGCUGGAGGGCGUGGACCUCCACUGCCACUCUGAGGUGGCCUACGGCAAGAAGGAGCACUCUGGGCGGCCGAUGGGCUUCGGUGAGCAUUCGCAGCGUUACAAGCCCCAGGCCCCCACGCUGCUCACCGGCACGUCCGCGGGGACGGCGGAGCCGAAGCCGCGCAUCGAAGAAGCGACCGUUUGA